AUGCUACGUCGCAUAGUAUCAUCGAGGAACAUCCAGGCGGACUCCAACCACCCAGACGAGCACAUGCCCCCAUCGCCAGGAGAUGCGCCGUUAUCGCCAGACUCGAGCCGCCCGGGGGGCCUCGCCAGCGUUUUCAAGGGCUUGACUGGUGCCAAGUUGACGAAAUCCCCUCCGCCGAGUCUCAAGUCUACUUCUUCGAUCCUCUCGCCGAUAGCCGACAACGUAAAUGCCACCCGAACGACCCUGGGCCUAUCACCUGGCCAUAUGGAGUCCUUUGAGCUGCUGAGAAGCGGGAGUGGGACAGUCAGCGAGCGGAUAGCGGCUGCUAACUCCCUUCGAUAUGCCGUUUCCGAAUUCCCAUUGAACCCAGUUCAGGAUAUAUGGUACGCUGCGAAGGACAUGAUCGAAGCUACGAAAACAGAUGCCGAACGUAUUGCUGGCUGGGAACUUCUUUCGGAAUGCGUCAAACACAAAGAGUCGUCAGAACUUGAUCGUAAAGAGUACUUCCAGACUCUGACAGCCCCUGCGAACCCUGAAGAUUUUCAUCUGCAACUGGCUGCAGUCGUGGAUCUCACCAAACACGGACGCUUCCUUGACGGCUUCGCAUACGACGUGAUUCCAUUGCUGCGAAGAUGGCUUUGCGAGGCGUACCAAGCCGUCAAGGUCGCUCGGAAACAGGCUAGCCGAGAUGCAAAAAAGAACUCCUCAAAAGCCAGGGCUGCUGUGGUUGGGGAGGAGAAGAAUCUGCACCAGCUCUUUGUCUUCAUCAGCGAGGUUAUCAAGUUCGGCUCCAACUCAGCUGACGAAACUGCCAUGUCCGGCCUCAUGAAAGCGCUUGUCGGCAUCUGUUUGAGCACCACUAUCGAAGAGGAUCUCCGGGCUUCCAUCAGCGUUAUUAAUACUAUUGUGACAUUUGGCAAUUUGCCGGCUGAAAGCUUCAAGGAAUGUGUUCUUGUCCUAGGUUCAAUAUACUGUCUAGUGCCAAGCCUUUCCAAGACCGCAUGGCAUACAAUAUCUCUACUGCUCAAGUCACACAAUGGGCCCGCAGCAGUGAGGGUCCUCGUCGAUCUUUUGCGACAUCUUCCACCAGACGGUACUAGCAAAGGCAAAGACACCAGGGAUAUCCGUGGUGUACUGGCUGUUCUGGAGAAGCUGUUGACGAAGAGCACAGAAAAAGGGUACCCACCAGUGCCCUUUGCGCUACUUAUUGAAGGAUUAGUUGCAGCUGUUCAUAGCACGGAUUCAGGUCGAGUUUACUGUGCCAUCCUCAAGCUGGUCAACUCAUUGUUCAGAGACGCUGAUGGAAAGCUUCACGCUCUGAUUGUUGAAGAGGAUUGGUCAACGCUAUUGGACGUUGCCAUGGAAUGCUCCAAGAAGGCAUCCUCUAACGUGGUGACGGGUAUGGGGUUGAUAGCUCCAGAGACCGAGCCGGACCGGCCAGAUGAAGCAAUUGGACUGGAAUUACUAAAACUCAUUGCACGCCUGGAAGAAUUAGCAAGUAACAAAUUGGGCGACUUCGUUCCGCGACAGAUUGUCAUCAAGUUCUUCACCAACAUUCAUUCUCGGCUUCCAGACUCAGCAGCGCGAGUUGUUCUCACCUACUUUCAGGAGUUCCGAUGCUGUUCUCCAUCUGACCUGCAAUGGGAAGAAAACUUGUCUUUGGUUCUCAAAGAGUUCUAUGCCAACCGGAAUCGCACUUCUCAGACCCGCUUAUUGGCUCUUCAAGCUGUCACUGAAUCUUACGAUAUGAUGGAUCUCAUUGGAGAGGGACUUGGUGAUGACAUUGUUCCAAAUCUAAUCAAGGAUCUUCUCAGCGAUAUAGCCGAUGAGACCAAUCUUUUAGUCCUAGAGGCUGUAGUCUCCUUCAUGGUUUCUGUCGCAGUCUCAUCGGACCAAGAACUUUUCAGCUACAUCACAGACACGCUGAGAACUAUAGUCGUCAAUGAACGACUCCUAUCACCUAUACCAUUGUCCGCAACAUCCAGACCCACAACGCCCGUGAUAGCUAAAGCUGCGGCUCCCCAAAAAAGCCACACAGCCUCGGGAGUAGUGGCAAGAGGGUAUGUCAAGCUCUUCAUGCGAUGUAUGAACCUUGACGGUGCAAAAAGUCUGAAACUCUUCGACACUCUUGUCAACAUUGCAAAAACCAGUUCUUGCAAGACGGACGCCCGGCUUGUGGCUAUGAAGCUCCUCUUCCGUUUACGGGCCGAUUGGGCCAACCGGGUAUUCCUGAUCCAGGAUACAGAAUCCGAAGGUCUGGCAGCGACGCUCCAGCACACCGGUUCGCUUCGAGGACGAAAGCAAGCCGAAGAUGUUGCUCAACCCGCUAGGCCAGCAAGAGCAGAGCAUGGCGCCGUAACACGGACUACGAGAGGAAUAUCUUUUAGCAGCUCUGGGACACAGGAUAGGGCCUACCCAAUCCGCUCAGCCAGUGGCGCAAAGCAGAGUCAGCCGUACAAACAGCUGUGGGCCUUGCCUGACCCUGAAGCUCUACCCGAAUCUCCGGCAGCCAUUGCAAGCCCUAUCUUAGUAUCCCAUGUCGAGGAUUUAGGCUCCGUCAGCACCGAAGAUAGUGGCGUUUCCAUUGUGGCCGCGAAACAAAUCGCUCUUAAUAUGGAAGCUUGGCUUGACACCAUUGUCCACAUAGUUGAGAAUGGGGCAGACUGGGAGGUCUACAGCAUGGUAUUGGUACAUUUGCCCUCCCAACUUACAAACCAUGCCAUUUUCCGGGGUGCCGUACCACAGGUUCAGGAACUUCGACGUGUAGUAUGCGAACAGAUACGGACAAACAAUUUCCAGGAGCCGCCCAACUCUACUAGUCUGAGACGUGCGGAUGUCGCCAUCUGCCUCUUUCACAGUUUAACCAUGAUUCUGAGCUAUCAUGAGUUCUUCCUAAAGGAUCAAGAGGACGAAAUCGUGCAAGCCUUCGUCAAGGGUAUAUCUACUUGGGAGCGGUGCGCCAAGUACUGCAUUCAUGCCCUCUCGAUCUGCUGCCACGAACUACCUUUAUCCACGAGCAAGACUCUGGUGCAGAUGCUGCAGAAGAUGGCGCAAAUUAUCACCCAGCCACACGUAGCCAUGCAUAUCCUAGAGUUUCUUGCCUGUUUGAGCAGAAUGCAGAAUUUGUUCGUCAACUUUAGAGAAGAAGAGUACCGCAUUGUAUUUGGAAUUUGCGUCAGAUAUCUUCAAUACGCACGGGACAAGAAGCACACUCAACGAGGUAGCAUCCACAGCGAAGUGGCAACGCCAACCGGAUCUUCAGCGCCAGAGAUUAUUCAUCCAAACGCGGCUGAUGACCUUCCCCAGUACGUGUAUGCUUUGGCAUACCAUGUCAUUACUUUUUGGUUCUUAGCAUUAAAGUUACCAGAUCGUGCCAACCAUGUUGGAUGGAUUGCCAAGAACCUACUCACCGAUGUCGAUGGAGGGCAAAAUUCCGAGGAGCAGGCAUUGGUUACGCUCGAUUUCAUGCAAAGAGUGGCCUAUGCUGAUGCCGACGAGUCUUCCGAAGAUCUACUGUUUACUAAAGAACGGUUCGGCGAAAUUUUGAAGCGCCGCUGGUUGAUGGGAAACAGUAUCGUGACAAUUGAGCAGUCAACAACCACCGGUUGGUCCCAAAUCACCAAGCGUCAGCCAUCUGGAACGUCCUCCUACAUUGUACAUGAAAAUUUCCGACCACGCCCUGCUCAUCAAGCCCAGUACAUAUCCGACGUAUCUCGCGAUGGGCAGCCAACCAACAACAACAUACUACCUAGCCAUAUCAUGGUCCAGUUGAUGACUUCCACCCCGCAAACUGCAGACGGCGCUCGUCCAAUUCCUCUCCCAGAUGAUGACGCAGUGCAACGAGCUGUCAGGGUAUUCGACCGCAACUCAACUGUAGACGGGCACAAGGUGGGGGUCAUAUACAUUGGCGAAGGCCAAACACAAGAGGCAGAAAUAUUGUCCAACGUGUCUGGCAGCAGCGACUAUGUGGCAUUCCUUAACGGGCUGGGAACCUUGACAAAGUUAAAAGGUUCCAAGUUCAAUACGCAAGGCUUGGAUAGAGAGUACAACACUGAUGGCGAGUACACUUUCUGCUGGCGAGAUCGGGUCACGGAAAUUGUAUUCCACGUUAUCACGCAGAUGCCAACAAAUCUUGAGCGAGAUCCACACUGCAUUAACAAGAAGCGACACAUUGGCAACGAUUUCGUUAACAUUAUUUUUAACGACUCCGGAACGCCCUUUAGAUUUGACACAUUUCCGAGCGAGUUUAACUAUGUCAAUAUUGUCAUCACGCCAGAGUCAAGGGCAUCAUUCCUCGCAAUGAGAGAAAACCCACCAAGCGAAAAACACCCACCUUUCUAUAAGGUCCAGGUUAUGAGCAAGCCCGGUUUCCCUGAGAUCUCUCCGGCAUCCGAGACCAAGAUGGUCAGUCUGAGGGCGCUUCCAGGCUUUAUUCGGUUAUUGGCGCUCAACGCUUCCGUCUUCUGCCUUGUAUGGGCCAAUCGCGAAGGUGGCGAGCAUGUCAGUUCAUGGCGCAACCGCCUCAGGGAAAUCAAGCGACUGCGCGAGAAAUUUGGUCCCAAAAACGUGCCAAAUAACAAUCAUCCAUCGCACCCCCACCUGGGCCACCUGAACAGCGCCUCAACACCGUCACCGCCGCCAACUUCGCUUGGGGGUGCAGUUGUCGGUCCCAAUCCUCAAGGAAUAGACACAAAAUCGGCCGCCAGCAUGCGUGACAGCUUUAGUAGUCUCCGUCGGUCCUCAGUAGCCACGUUUUUCACUAGUACGAGCGAACAGACCAGCCAUCGCAGCUCAAUGCUGUCCACUACUACCAACGACACCGAGAUCGUGCCUGGCAAUGGCCUUGACUCAUUGGUCGAGUCGGUCGACUUCUCCAAAUGGGCGUAA